CUGUUUCAAUUUUUCAAAUCAGUAAUUUUCGUAACACGUACAAAAUACAGACGCACAACACUAGAGACGGAGCCGAGAACCCUCGCUUUACCAGUACGUGAGAGAAUAUGUCAUCGCUGUGCAACGUUUAAAACUUUCGGUCGUCUGUCGUCGUGAAUCCCUACUUCUCCCCCUUCUCGCUUGAUUCGUUACAGAGUGUUGUUCUGUAGCUGCACCGUUUGAAUCGGCCACAGCCGAGUCUCUCGCAUUGUGACUGGUCAGCGUUGUAAAAAGCCGAGAACCGUCGCUUCAGCAGUACGUUAGAGCAUACGACGCUGCUUCUCAACGAUCGAAAUUUUCAUCUUUUGUUUUGUUGACGAUACGAGUGUUCGUUCGAGUUUAUCCGUUUAAAUCGAUUAGUUACUGGUCAGAAGCUACGACGCUGGCAAAGUUUGAUUUUAUGAGUGUCGACUCGGAAUUUUUUCGUUACAUCUUACUUUAAUUUUAAAAGUGGAACGUUUUAGACUACAUCGGAUCGUACGAGUAUUGACGAACUAUUUUUCGAUCAAGAAGCUGUAAAAAUGACUUUCACUUGGACUGAUCCUAAAGUUGUUGCACUGAUUGAGGAAGUUGAAAAAUAUCCUACAAUAUGGAACUUAAAACAUCCAGACCACAAAAAACAAAAGGUGUUGUCUUCAAUUUGGAGCAAAAUUGCAACAACCGUUGGCGUUGGAAAGCUUCAAGCGAGGAACAAAUGGAGAACAUUGGCAACAACUUUUAAAAGUGAACAUGCCAAAUACAAAAUUAAUUUACCAUCUGGGUCUGCAGCUACUUUUGAACCUGAGGACAGGUGGAAUUUCUACGAUGACAUGAGUUUUAUGAUUCCCUGUAUAGAAAUGGAAAUGAGUGGAAAUAUCAAUCUGAGUUUUCAUGAAAUUUAUGCUAACCAACCUACGAGUCAUGGUAUUGUGUCAUCAUCAGUGCAACAUCCAUCAACCUCAUGUCAAAAUCAAUGGACGUCAUGGCAAAAUCAAUUGACUUCAGGUCAAAAUCUAUCAACAUCAGGUCAGAAUCUAUCAACAUCAGGUCAAAAUCAAUCUACAUCAUCGAAAUCAAUGCCAAAUUCAUUGAUUGAAAAUGAGUUCAACGUUACUAAUAAUAUUUCCACAGUAAUGCCGCAAGCAAGUGUUAACGGUAAAGCUGACUGGAAAUUCCUAGAAAGCCUUGAUUAUUAUAUGAAUCUAAUUGAUGAUCCUACAACGAAAUAUCAGUUCUGCCUCGAAGUAUCGUGCUCGCUAUUCAAUAUUUUGCAAAAAAACAAAGAAAAGACUGAAGAUCAAGAGAAGUGCGUUAAUUUGAAUAAUAUUAAGAUGAGGGAAACAGUUGAUAAUAAUCAUAUAGAUUCUAUAAACAAAAAAAGGCCAAUUUCUUGUGGUACCGAGCUUUGCUCCAAUUNCUCUAACGUACUGCUGUCGCAACGGUUCUCGGCUGUUUUACAGCGCUGA